UCUUUAUUUAUGUCUCAACCCAACAAGCGAUCUUCUUCCCUCAGUACACCACCACCAUCUCCUCUUUCCCGUUCAAUGAAGAAGGCCAAGUCUCAGGCCGCAGCUACUGAUGACAACAAGAAUGGCCAGCAGCAGCACAACGUCGAAUCCACAGACGAACCUUGUGUGUCCAUGAUCCAAUAUUCGGGUGGUGGAGUCACUUCCAAUUUGUCUCGAAAGAAAGCUACCCCUCCCCAGCCUCCUAAGAAGCAGCUCGUCAUUAAGCUUAACAAAGCAAAACCUACGCUCCCAACAAAUUUUGAAGAAAAUACUUGGGCAACUCUGAAGUCAGCUAUCAGUGCAAUAUUCUUAAAGCAGCCUGAUCCUUGUGACUUGGAAAAGCUUUAUCAGGCUGUCAAUGACCUGUGUCUGCACAAGAUGGGUGGAAGUUUAUACCAACGGAUUCAAAAAGAGUGUGAGGCACACAUAGUUGCAGUAUUGCAGUCCUUAGUUGGCCAAAGUGAAGAUCUCGUUGUUUUUCUAUCACUUGUUGAGAGGUGCUGGCAGGACUUCUGUGAUCAGAUGUUGAUGAUACGUGGUAUAGCGUUGUUUCUAGAUAGAACAUAUGUGAAACAAACCCCAAAUGGGCAUUCAUUGUGGGAUAUGGGUUUGCAGCUUUUUCGCAAACAUCUUUGUCUAGCUUCAGAAGUAGAACACAAAAUUGUCUUUGGGCUCCUUCAGAUGAUUGAGAGUGAAAGAUUAGGUGAGGCAGGUGAUAGAACUCUUCUUAACCAUCUUUUGAAGAUGUUCACUGCCUUAGGAAUUUACGCAGAGAGCUUUGAGAAGCCAUUUGUUGAGCGCACUUCUGAGUUUUAUGCUGCUGAAGGUGUCAAAUACAUGCAACAGUCAGAUGUUCCAGAUUACUUGAAGCAUGUAGAGGUAAGGUUGCAUGAAGAACAUGAUAGGUGCUUACACUACCUGGAUGCAAGUACAAGAAAACCACUAAUAGCAACUACAGAGAAGCAACUUUUAGAACGUCAUAUUUCUGCAAUACUUGACAAGGGUUUCAUGAUGCUGAUGGAUGGAAAGCGUAUUGAGGAUCUUCGAAGAAUGUAUUCACUAUUCCCUAGGGUAGAGGCGCUUGAAUCAUUGAAGCAAACUCUUAGCUUGUACAUCCGAAAAAAUGGGCAAAGCAUUGUGCAUGACGAUGAAAAAGAUAAAGAUAUGGUAUCUAGCCUGUUAGAGUUUAAGGCAUCCGUUGAUACUAUAUGGGAAGAAAGUUUUUCUAAAAAUGAAGCAUUUGGCAACACUAUCAAGGAUGCGUUUGGACAUCUCAUAAAUGUCUGUGAGAAUCGGCCUGCCGAGCUGAUUGCUAAAUUUCUGGACGAGAAGCUUCGUGCUGGAAAUAAGGGUACUUCGGAAGAGGAAUUGGAGGGUAUACUUGAUAAAGUCUUGGUUCUGUUCAGGUUUAUACAGGGUAAGGAUGUAUUUGAGGCAUUCUACAAGAAAGAUCUAGCAAAGAGAUUAUUGUUGGGAAAGAGUGCUUCAAUAGAUGCAGAGAAGUCCAUGAUCUCUAAGUUGAAGACUGAAUGUGGUAGUCAAUUCACUAACAAAUUGGAAGGAAUGUUCAAGGAUAUUGAAUUGUCAAAAGAGAUAAAUGAAUCCUUUAAGCAAUCUUCUCAAGCCAGGAAAAAACUCCCAACAGGAAUUGAGAUGAGUGUUCAUGUAUUAACCACAGGGUACUGGCCAACAUAUCCGCCCAUGGAUGUUCGGCUCCCCCAUGAACUCAAUAUCUAUCAGGAUAUUUUCAAGGAAUUCUACUUGAGCAAAUACAGUGGUAGGCGGUUGAUGUGGCAAAAUUCUUUGGGACACUGUGUUCUAAAAGCAGAGUUUCCCAAAGGUAAAAAGGAGCUGGCAGUGUCUCUGUUUCAGGCUGUUGUUUUAAUGCUUUUUAAUGAUGCGGAAAAGCUUAGCUUUCUAGAUAUGAGGGAAGCAACUCGAAUUGAGGAUAAAGAGCUCAGGAGAACUUUACAGUCUCUUGCAUGUGGUAAAGUUCGUGUUCUGCAGAAGAUUCCAAAAGGAAGAGAUGUGGAAGACGGCGAUACCUUUGUGUUCAAUGAUCAAUUUACUACUCCACUCUAUCGGAUAAAGGUAAAUGCCAUUCAGAUGAAGGAAACAGUUGAGGAGAACACAAACACCACAGAAAGAGUAUUCCAGGACCGGCAAUACCAGGUUGAUGCUGCUAUCGUUAGGAUAAUGAAGACGAGAAAAGUGCUGAGUCAUACCCUUUUGAUAACUGAACUCUUUCAGCAGCUUAAAUUCCCUGUAAAACCAGCUGACUUGAAGAAAAGGAUUGAAAGCCUCAUAGAAAGGGAGUAUCUGGAACGAGACAAGAACAAUCCUCAAGUUUACAACUAUCUUGCCUAGAAUGUUCAUGGCAUAAAUUUUUUCUUGUAAAUGACUCGAGUUGACUUCCAUUCUCAGAUUCAACUGUAAAGUUAACGUUUAUUUCAUAUAGAUAUAUGUACUCUUU